AUGGCAGCACAAAAUGUUACAUUUGUAGUUGAUGUGGAUGUAACUAGUGAUGACUUGGCUUUCAAACUUCGUGUCAUAAACUUGUGGAAGCAAAUGUCUGUGUACAACAAGGAUGAAAUUUACUCAAUUGAAAUGAUCUUAAUAGAUGAACAGGGAAACAAGAUCCAAGCAACCGUGUCAACAAAAAACAUCUACAAAUUCAAAGAUAUUCUAAAAGACGGGCAUGCAUUUUACAUAAAAUCUCCAAUCUUUGCAUCACAAAGGAUAAAUGCUUUGAGGUUAACUCGCCUUCAUCAUAAACUUAAUUUUGUGAAUAACACUGUUAUUACGAAGUGUGAUGACUUUUCUGGACCUACAUUUGGUUUUGAGUUUGUUGAUUAG